AUGCCUGAGACUGCAGAGCUGUUCUUCAAUGUGGACCAUGGCUACCUGGAGGGCCUGGUGCGAGGAUGCAAAGCCAGCCUCUUAACUCAGCAGGACUACGUCAACCUAGUGCAGUGUGAGACCUUGGAAGAUCUGAAAAUUCAUCUCCAGACCACUGACUAUGGCAACUUCCUGGCGAACGAAACAAACCCUCUCACUGUUUCCAAAAUUGACACGGAGAUGAGGAAGAAGCUCUGCAGAGAGUUUGACUAUUUCCGGAAUCAUUCCUUGGAGCCCCUGAGCACAUUUCUCACCUACAUGACAUGCAGCUAUAUGAUAGACAACAUAAUUCUACUCAUGAAUGGGGCAUUGCAAAAGAAGUCUGUGAAAGAAGUUCUAGCCAAGUGUCACCCACUGGGCCGUUUCACAGAGAUGGAAGCUGUCAACAUUGCAGAGACCACCUCAGAUCUCUUCAAGGCUGUGCUGGUUGAAACACCAUUAGCUCCAUUCUUUCAAGAUUGUAUGUCUGAAAACACUCUUGAUGAACUGAAUAUUGAACUACUGCGCAAUAAACUAUACAAGUCUUACCUUGAGGCAUUCUACAAAUUCUGCAAGGAUCAUGGUGAUGUCACAGCAGACAUUAUGUGUCCCAUUCUUGAGUUUGAGGCCGACAGACGCGCUUUAAUCAUCACUCUGAACUCCUUUGGCACUGAGCUGAGCAAGGAAGACAGAGAGACCCUCUUCCCCACCUGUGGCAAGCUCUAUCCGGAGGGGCUGCGGCUGUUAGCGCAAGCUGAAGACUUCGAGCAGAUGAAGAGAGUGGCAGAUAAUUACGGAGUUUACAAGCCUUUAUUUGAUGCUGUAGGUGGCACUGAGGGGAAGACACUGGAAGAUGUUUUCUAUGAACGUGAGGUACAAAUGAAUGUGCUGGCAUUCAACAGGCAAUUCCAUUAUGGUGUGUUUUACGCAUAUGUGAAGUUGAAGGAGCAAGAGAUGAGAAAUAUCGUGUGGAUAGCAGAAUGCAUCUCGCAGAGACAUCGAACUAAAAUCAACAGCUACAUUCCAAUUUUAUAAGCCAGCAUGCAGAAGAACAUACAUGUGGACAGGAAGUUAUUGAGGAAAGGAAAGGGGAUCGGGUCACAUUAUCUAGAUUAUACAAAAGUAAGCCAUACCCACCUUUCCAUAAACUGC